AAUAGCAUGUAAUAUUAUGGUUUAAAUUAGUUAAUAAACUAAACCAAGGAACUAAGUGAAAUUAAGUGCAAUUUAUUAGUGAUUGUGAGUGAUGUGUUCUUAGGGAAAAGGCAGUGAAAACCUGCAGACGUCAUGGAUAAAAAAAAGAGGUCAAGCGCGGGGCUGCUGGCACCUCAGCUUGCGUGCCAGUCGUCACCCGCGCCCGCGUCGGCGCCGCCGCUCCCCGCGCCAGCUUCACCCCCGCGCAUCGUCUCGGCGCCGCCCGCGCACGCCCCGCCCCCCGACCCCGUACCGCAACCCGCCCCCGAAGACGGGGUCAGAUUACGAAGAGUGCACACUGUGGCGGUGCGGGAUUACCUUAAAAGAGAGACGCAGACUUUUUUUGGGGUGCAAAGGGAUAACGAGAGGGAACAAAGGAGGCUGUGGUAUGAGAGGCGUAGGAGGCACGCGGCGCGGGCGCUCGGCGACCUCCGGCUCGAUCUACCGCCGGACCAUCAUCCUGAUGAUGAUGAUAUUAGUAUGUACGGAGCGUCAGGCGCGGCCCCCAGAGAGGCGCGGGGGCCGGUGCGCGAGCGGCCCGACGUGCUGCCCGCGCCCGCGUCGCUCGACGAGGCGCCCGCGCUGCCGCGUCCCGGCAAGGACAGCGUGGCGCGCCUCACGCUCACAGGCCUUUCCUAUGUUGUUACCGCGGUGACAAGAAGGUCGCGGCAGUCGACGUCAGCACAGUGGUCGCGGUCGUUCCGCGGCUCCGCGACGUCGCCGCAAGAUGACGCCGACGUGGACGACGUGUUCUUCGCGCCGCCGACGUCAAGUCAGCCGCUGACGCACCACCAUGAUGAGGGUGACCAGGUCGACGGACCAAAGGGAGCCCGAUCACCGAUUGGAUCCAGCGGGGUGGAGUACCGGAGGCCCGAGAGAAGUGUCUCGUGGGGCGCGGGGGGCGCCAGAAUCCACACCCCGAUGCUGGAACCUCUCGCCGACAACUCGAAUAGGAGGCAGUUCGGCAUGGGGGUAGUCGGAAGGUUCUUCCGACGAUCGUUAAGAAAAUCAGUGACACACCAAGAAGACGUAGCGCGCCAACUCGACGAGCUGACUGACUACCGGCCUUACUUCACGUGGUGGGUCAGCACGGUGCAGACGUUGGUGCUGCUGCUGUCGCUACUAUGUUACGGCUUUGGACCAGUCGGGUUUGGCCGACACACGCAUUCCGGACAAGUCUUAGUGAAGAGUUUGAGUUUACAACAGGUGGAGUGGGAAGAGCCAGCGUCAUUCUGGCUAGGACCACGCGCCGCAGACCUUAUACACUUGGGGGCGAAGUUCGCGCCCUGCAUGAGAAGGGACGUUAGGAUAGCAAGAGCCAUAGCUGCUUCAGCGAGGAGAGAGAGAGACACAGCGUGCUGCAUACGAAACGACGACUCGGGGUGCGUGCAGUCUUCGAAGGCUGACUGUUCGAAUACAAUAUCAACGUGGAAAAAGUGGUCUUCAGGGGAAUCCGGCCCUGGUGGUCGGAUAUCAGGAUCGGUUUGUGGAUUAGACCCCAAAUUUUGCGAAGCACCCCGCUCGAUAGCGCCGCACGAGUGGCCGGACGACAUCACAAAAUGGCCGAUCUGCCGCAAGUCUGUGCUGGACGGCUCCGCGGCCGCGGGACGGGCCGGCCACGCCGCCGAGCACAUGGCCUGCGAGGUCAUCGGCCACCCGUGCUGCAUAGGGGUCCACGGGCAGUGUGUCAUCACCACGAGGGAACACUGCGACUUCGUGAAGGGGUACUUUCAUGAAGAAGCGUCGCUGUGUUCACAGGUUUCAUGCCUUGAUGACGUCUGCGGCAUGCUGCCCUUCAUGCGAAGACGUCGACCAGACCAGCUGUACCGUGCGUGGACUUCGUUGUUCGUGCACGCUGGUCUCUUACACCUGGCGGCCACGCUAGCCUUGCAGUGGCUGUUCAUGAGAGACCUGGAGAAAAUGGCCGGACCAGUCAGAAUAGCAAUAGUUUACUUAGGUAGCGGGGUGGCGGGGAACAUGGCGUCUGCCAUCUUUGAGCCUUAUAGGGCAGAGGUGGGGCCAGCGGGCUCACACUUCGGUCUUCUAGCGUGUCUAAUAGUGGAAGUAAUCGGCGCGUGGCCACUUCUAAAGCAUCCUAGGCGAGCACUCCUGAGGCUUAUCGGGAUCGCGAUCGCCCUGUUCCUACUGGGCCUCCUUCCAUGGAUAGACAAUUUCGCGCACGUAUUCGGGUUCGUCUUCGGAUUCCUACUGUCAUACGCGUUGCUCCCGUUCAUUACUUUCGGCCCGUACGACAGGAGGAGGAAGAUCGUGCUAGUGUGGGUGUGUAUGAUAUCGGCAGCGGGUAUGCUGUGUGCGUUGGUGGCGUUGUUUUACGCGGCUCCAGCGUACGAGUGUGCGGCGUGCGCGUAUUUUACGUGUUUGCCGCUGGCUCCGGAUAUGUGUGCGUCCCAGGAUGUGAGAGUGCGGCAGCUGGACGGGGUAUGACGGCGCGCGGCCCGGGCGCACCCGCCGCCGCAGCCGCCCCCCGCCCCGCGUCACCCGCGCCCCGACCACGACCGUCUACUCUCCGUGAUAGUCCUACUAUCGAAUGUGGAACAGAUCGUCUUUUGUCAUCCACAGUCCCCAGUCGCAGCCGCCCGAUCGUGGCCUCAUUGCACGAUACGUGUCAAAAAACAAUCAAUUUCGUAAGUGGAACGUCAGAUCGUUUUUUGUUAUCUACAGUCUCCAGCAGCUACCGCCAAAGUGCGGUUGCCUUGAACGAUACAUGUCAAGAAACAAUAAAUUUUGAACGUGGAACAUUAUUACAUCGUCUUUUGUCAAUCGUAGUUACAAGUUUAGACGCCGUUUAAA